CUGACAGAAACGAUACGGGCUUAGCAGACAUGGAGGCCCGAUUAACGAGAGAGGCCAGUUCAGACGCGUCUCAGCUCGACUAACGCGGACCCAAAGAAGGAUUCGGGCAACGUAUCGGACCAUCACGGCAAUUUCAAGAUAAAUAUCCAGGCGACCAUGCUGUUACGUGCAAAUGGAGGAUUUUGAUCCCAAAUGAUGUGAGCGCCGUUCUGGAUCGUUAUCAAGUUUGAAGUGAGAGGGCUGACCACUUCGGAAGGGACAAGAUUGCUUUAACCCACCAAGGAUUUUUUAUUUUUUUUUGAACAACUGCUAUACCCCCUCCCCCUUCCCCUUUAUUCCACUUUCUUUUUCCUACCUGACAUCUUCUCAGUCCCCCUGUGAGAAGCUAUACAAACUAUUGAGAACAUCCUGCCCCACUCAAGCCCCCCUUGUUCCCCAUAUCACUGAUGGAUCAGAGGACACAGGGGGGGCCCUCCACGCCGCCCCCCCUCCCUGCCAAUGCCCCCCCAGUAGAGCGUGAGAAGGAGGGUGUAGGAGGAAAGAAGGACGAUGAAGAAGAGAAAAAGAAACGAGAGAAACCAAGAGACGGGUUGCAGACUGAUACUUGUGGUGCUGAAAGUGUGACAAGUGACCUGCAGCAGCCACAGCCUCCACAGUUCUCGGUCAAAGAAACCAGUUACUCAGAGGGCAAUGUAAAACUCAAGAUUGGUCUGCAGGCCAAACGCAUGAAGAAGCCUCCUAAGAUCCUGGAGAACUAUGUCUGUCGGCCAGCCUUCCGAGCCACUGUAAGGCAUAGUGGAGGCAGAGGCGGAGGGCGUGGUAAUCGUGGGGGCGGAGCCAGUGAUGGAAGCAGCAAAACCUCUAACCCACCUUGUGGAAAAGGAGAGAAAAGCCCCUCUGUCAACCGAGGAGCCCCUGUUUCAUCUUGCGCUCCUGCUGCCAUGUCUGCUGCACCUUCUUUUCCUCCUCCCGUUUCCACCAGCCCAGUCACUUCUAUGAAUGGGAGUGCUCCAGCGAAAAAGGGUCCUGCAAAAUUUGCUUCUAAGUCAGAGGGAAAAGCUGAUGUAAAAUCUGCUGCACCUUCAGAGAGACCCAUAAACCUUCAUUGCCCCGUAACAGAAAGCAAAUCACUCUCCUCUGUAAAGAAAAGCCACGUUCCACAAACCAACUCCACCCCUGCCCCAAUGCCACCAACAAAAUCCCCAAUUGCAGUAUCACCACAGAACACCAAAACAGAUGGGAUCCUAAAAAAUCCUCAGUACAAUUAUGCUGAUGGACAGAAGGAGCAAGAAAGAGGGGUACCAGCCUGGGGUGCUCCUACAGUCACAGAGAAACUUGCUCAGCUCAUAGCUACAUGCCCGCCUUCAAAGUGCCCUAAACCGAAAGCUCGGAAGGUGUCACCAGCUCCAGCACACAGUAGCUCACCUCCCUUGAUUUCUAAUCUGCAGCGCCCUGAACGGGCUAUGGCCAAUAGGAACACCUAUUCCAGGGCAGGGCAUAUUGCCCAACCACCACCUGUCUCACGACCCCCAGGUCGACCUUAUGGGUCCAAAAAUAAAGACAGUAUCCUGGAGAAAUUAUCUGGGACCUCUAGAAAAGAGGAAUCAGAUGGACUUUCAAAAGGGGUUACUAGUAGCAACAGCAGCACAACCACCACCACUAGUACUGCACUGUCUCACAGCAGUAGUUUGAUAACAACCACAAAUGAUAUCACUGAUAACAGUUCCACCAAUGGAAUUAAAUCUCAGUCUCGUCUUGGGCAAUGCCCAUCUCAUUCUUCCUCCAUGCCUUCUCAUUCUUUAACAACUUCCUCCUCCUCCUUGGAGAGGAUUGAAAAUGCAGGCAGUUACUUUGGUUUGCCAGGCUCCCUAGGAUCACGACAUAAAGCGAGUCCCUCCCAAAUAGAGGAGUUUGCUGAGGAAGACAAAGAGUGUGACAAAGAAAAAGACAUAUACAGUCCUAGAGAUUUAGGUGAGGGCUCAACUUCAGCUGUUCCAGGGAAGCAGGAUGCUAAAGAAAGGUGUUCUCUGUCAGCUCCUCGAAGUGAGAGGGGUAAGAGUUUAAGCCCAGUCAAACGUAGUCCCAAUCAGGAAAGUCACGUUAGUGGGGUGCCAAGUCCUGCUGAGUCCACCAAAUGCACUAUUUCGCCUUCUAACUCUUCUGGUGCCAGCAGGAGCCCACCACCACUAUGUGAUGACACAGGGGCUAUAUCUCCUGCUUCACCAGCCGAACUGGAUUCUAAGCCUCUUAAGAAACGGCGUGGACGACGACCUCGCUGGACUAAGGUGGUCAAUCGCACCCUGAAAGAAGCUUCUUCUAACCAUCAGAAACCAGACGGACCUUUGCUUUCAGGGCUUGACCCCUCAUCCCCUAUUCGUAGGCCUGUGGGAAGGCCUCCUAAUGCUAAUCGUGUACCCCUUGUUGUUUCAGAACUUUUUGCAACUCCACCCAAGAAGAGGGGACGUCCCAAGUCCAAAAUGCCUCAGUUAGAUGCACCUGCACAUGGUCGUCCCCUAAACAAACUGCCCCCCUCAAAAGUCUACACCAUGCUUAAGUCAAAAGAAGAGCAGGAUCCCCCUGUUUUGCACCCUGAAGUGGACUUGAAUCCACCUAAAUCCAUGGCAAGAAAACGAGGUCGACCCAAACGUUUACCUCCAACCCUUCCACAAGAAACCCAGCCUCCAACUCUUGCACCUGAGUCAGGGGAUACUUCAGUAGGUGAUAAAGCUUUUCGUACUAAAGGCAAUGGGCAGCUCAUCAUGAAGUCGAUCAUAGGAAAAAUCAAUAAAAUGAAGACAGUGAAAAGGAAACGGCUCCUCAAUCAGAUACUGCUUGGGUCAAACUCCGGGCCAGAGCAGGAUGGAUCCAGAAGCAGUGGAGUGCCAGCCCCUGUGGCUGCUACAACACAGUCUCUUUCAUCACUUGCUGCUACAUUUGGGGGCAAAUUGGGACCCCAGAUCAAUGUAAGCAAAAAGGGGACAAUAUAUAUAGGUAAAAGAAGGGGUCGUAAACCAAAAACAUCAGCUAAUCUCACCACAGGUGCCCCUAUGUCCACUCCCGAACUGUUCUUGUCCCCAAACACGUCCUCCCCACACCAUCCUAACCAGUCACACGCCUUACAAAACCAGCAACACCAAUCUGAGGUGUUCCCUUCCCCAUCACUCUCACAGUCAAGUGGGGGCCAAAGUCCCAUUAGUGAUGCCAGUUUUGUUGAGCCUGGUUCAGUGCACUUCACAUCCCACUCAAACUAUAGCCAUUCCCAUCAGGGCCACCACUCAUUCUCCUUUCCCCCACCUACUUUUUCAGCCCCAUCUGCUCGCACCAUAGGAAGCUCCACAUCAGCUCACCCAUCUCAGAAGAAGUCUUCUUGCAGAGGCUACCACCAUCACCACCACCACUACCGGCAGCUCUACCAUUAUCGAAAGUUUUCUCCUCCAAGGCCACUGUUGCCCACAUCCCCUGCUCCACUUAGUGAGUUAAAGGAAGCCACACCUUCCCCAGUCAGUGAAUCACACAGCGAAGAGACAGUACCCAGUGACAGUGGCAUUGGAACAGACAACAACAGCACCUCAGACCGCGGGGAGAAGGGAGGUAGUGCCAGUGGCUUAACUGGUGUAGGGGUCCAACAGGGUAUGGCAAGUGGACUCCUAAUGCCUGGUGUCAUAGGAUCAUCAGUGGGAGUUGGAAUUGGACUCCCUUCCAGAGGUAGGAGGAGCCAUUCAUCUUCAGUUCUCUUGGAACGUCCCUCACCUACACCCUCCCCACUGGGAGUGAGAGCGUCACCUGACCCAAGAAGACCACACCCUACUGCCCCAUCUUCUGCGCUGGUUGGACACAAAGAAAAGCACAAGCAUAAGUGCAAGCGUCGUGGACAUGGCUGCCCAAGCUAUGACAAACUGAAACGACAAAAACGUAAACGCAAGAAGAAGUACCUUCAGCUUCGUUCGAGGAGGCAAGACCCACACUUUUUGGCUGAGCUGGAUGAGAUCUGUGUGCAGCUCAGCGAGGUACGAAUUGCUCAUCGCACACCUUCACUUCGCCUGGGUAGCAGCUUGGGUCUGGGUGCUGGAGCAGCAGGCAUGGGUCGUGGGUCUGGUUUGGGCAGUGCUAGGGCCAGCAGCAGCCUCGGAGGUGGAACCAAUCCACCACCUCGUCACUAUCUGCAUAGAGACCUCUUGCCCACCAUAUUCAGGAUAAAUUUUAGUGGAUAUUACUCACCCCACCCAGCCUACCCAUGUGAUUCACUUCAUUAUGUCCGGAAACCUGACCUUAAGAAGAAACGAGGGCGGCCACCUAAGCUCAGAGAAUCUAUAUCAGAGGUACCUUAUGUACCUGGGCUAGGCUUUCCCCUCUCCAGUGGAGGUUUCUAUCAUCCUACUUAUGGUGUCCCAUACUCUUCUGCUCCACUGGGACUUGGCUACUAUCGUGGUUAUUCCCCAGCAAGUGCCCUGUACCCCCAUCCCCACCAUCAGGCUCCCCACUCUGGCCCAUCGCACCAUGUGCAUUCCCCCUCCUUCCCUCCACCUCCGCCCUCUUCAUAUGUCCAUCAUCAUCACCCAUCUCAUCUGCUUCUUAACCCCUCCAAAUUUCACAAGAAGAAACAUAAGCUGCUUAGGCAGGAGUAUUUAAGUGGGGGUCGUUCAUCUGUACUCUACCCUGCCAUGUCGUCCGAGCUUUCAUUUGGCUGGCACCACAAACACAAGCAUAGGCAUAAGCACCGUGAUCGAUUUGGAGAAGAGGAGGGUGAUGAUGGUGGUGGAGCUAUAGGUGGUGGAGGAGGUAGAAAAAUAGGAGGUGAGGGCUUGGGGGCAGGAAAAGGGGAGCAAGGAGUUGGAGGAGGAAAUGUAGAGUCCCUUCAACGCUGCCGGUAUGGUCGAGAUGGCUCUGCUGACUCCAGUGCAAACAAACAAGCAGCUGCUGCUUCUGCCAACUCUCCCUCCUCCUCCUCCACAUUCUCUGCAGAACGGCACAAGCGAAAGGAGGCCUCUAUGUCUUGUCUUGGGCCUUCACGGUUGUCUAUGAGUAGUGGAAGCCGGGGGCAUCAUCCUGUUGACUCUUGGUUCAGGAUUGGAAGUUCUGAUACUGAUUACUCCAAACUCUCUAGAAACCAGUCCCUUUCUGGGUCUGGUACGUUCUCUGAAGGAUAUGCACAAAAUCAAGUGGAGUGCUCAGAAAGUGAGGAGGAAGAUGCCACUUCCCCCCUUGAGGAGGUAGAGAACAGCCACCACACCAACUUGUUUGCAUCUGCACUAACUCAUAACUCCUUCAGGGGGAGUCAUGGCAAAAAAGGUGGAACGCCAGAGAGUCCUAGCCUCUCGUGGUUGGACCGGAAAAUGAGAAGGGAUCGUUCCACAUCUGCAGAGAGGAGAGAGUUGGGGAGCAUAUCUGGCACACAGAACCGUGGUGGCCAAUCCAGUGUCCCAGAGGUUUCUGAUGGUCCCCAACACAGACACCACCAUCACCACCACCAUCCUCCUUUAUCCCUGUCUCGCUCUUCCUCUUGCCUCUCUCAUUGCACUCUUGACCAGCCUGGAAGUGGGGCACCUCUUCGCCCUUCCAGCUGCCAGGCCAGUCCUUCCACAUACUCUUCCCAACCUGCAUGCUUUGACUCCUCCCCUUCCCACCACUCCCAUCGGUUAGCCCCACCCCCUCCCAAAAACAACCUGCACCAUGUGAACAAGAUCCUUCGUGCAAAAAAGCUGCAGAGGCAAGCACGCACAGGAAACAACGUGGUGAAAAAACGGGGUCCAGGGCGUCCCCGCAAACACCCGAUUCCCUUGCCUUCUCCAUCACCCCCAUCACAACCGUCUGAACCAGAGAACCACCCGGUACCUGACAGGGACCAAGGAGGUUUACUGUGGGAGGAAGACACUGUGGUUGAUGCCAUUGAGUCAGUAGUACAAAGCCAUCGCAGAAAUGGACGUAAGCGAAAACAUUGGGAGAGAGAGACAGACGGAGGUGACGAGGAAGAAGAAGAACUAGAGGAGGAGAGAGAGGAAGUGGAAGAAGAAGAAGAACAGUCAGCUGCUAGAGAAGAAGAAAUUACGCCGAAAGCUAGAACAGAAGGAGGGAGGGCUUGGUUGACACAGGAUGAAAUGCAUUGUUUUCGCAGCUGUGCAUUGGAGGGAAAACCUGAUGGCCAGUCCACCCCAGAUUGCACAGGUCCCACUUCCCUGGAACAAGCUCCAAACAAAUUAGUGACCAGCCAACGGGAGAAGAGAGCUGCUAGACCACCCAAAAAGAAGUUCCAGAAAGCGGGACUUUACUCUGACGUGUACAAGACUAAUGAUCCUCGCAGUCAGCUGCUACAGUUAAAAAAGGAGAAGUUGGAAUACACUCCAGGUGAACAUGAAUAUGGCCUUCUUCCUGCUCCCAUUCAUGUUGGGAAAUACUUGAGACAGAAACGCAUCGAUUUCCAGCUGCCUUAUGAUAUCCUGUGGCUUUGGAAACAUGAUCAGCUAUACAAGAGACCUGAUGUGCCUCUCUACAAGAAGAUCAGAUCCAAUGUCUAUGUGGAUGUGAAGCCUCUUUCUGGCUAUGAAGGCACUACCUGUAACUGCAGGGCACCUGAAGACCACAUUGAGAUGGGCUGUCAGGACGACUGCCUAAACAGGAUGAUCUUUGCCGAGUGUUCUCAGAGUACGUGUCCGUGUGGUGAUCAAUGUGAUAACCAGCAUAUCCAGAGGCACGAGUGGGUGCAGUGUCUCGAGCGCUUCCGGGCGGAGGGGAAGGGCUGGGGCAUUCGCACCAAGGAGCCCCUACGUGCUGGCCAAUUCAUCAUAGAGUACCUGGGAGAGGUUGUCAGCGAACAGGAGUUUAGGAGUCGUAUGAUGGAGCAGUACUUCUCCCACAGCGGUCAAUACUGUCUGAAUCUGGACAGCGGUAUGGUCAUCGACAGCUACCGCAUGGGAAACGAGGCCCGCUUCAUCAACCACAGCUGUGAGCCCAACUGUGAGAUGCAGAAAUGGUCAGUGAAUGGAGUGUACCGUAUUGGUCUGUUUGCUCUGAAAGACAUCAACAGCGGAAUCGAGCUGACAUACGACUAUAACUUCCACUCCUUCAACACAGAAGAACAGCAAGUCUGCAAGUGUGGCUCGGAGGGUUGCCGUGGCAUCAUUGGUGGUAAGAGCCAGCGAAUCAAUGGGCUGCCUGGGAAAGGGGGUGGAGCCCGGAGGCUGGGGAGACUGAAGGAGAAACGCAAGUCCAAACACUCACUUAAAAAACGGGAGGAAGAGUCCAGUGACAGCAGCAAGUUUUACCAGCACCUUUUAAUGAAGCCCAUGUCUAACAGAGAGAGGAACUUUGUGUUGAAACAUCGAGUGUUCCUGAUUCGGAACUGGGAGAAGAUGAGGGAGAAACAGGAACUUCUGAAGAGAGAGGGGGACCGAGAGAGGGACAGUAGUGGCCUCUCUCUUUACACUCGCUGGGGAGGAGUCAUCAGGGAUGACGGCAACAUCAAAUCAGAUGUUUUUCUGACACAGUUUUCAGCACUACAGACUUCACGCUCCGUACGCACGCGCAGACUUGCGGCGGCCGAGGAGAACACAGAAGUUACACGCACAGCACGCCUGGCACACAUCUUCAAAGAGAUCUGUGAUAUGAUCAUGAGCUACAAAGACUCAUCUGGUCAGACUCUUGCUGCUCCACUGCUUAACCUGCCUUCUAGGAAGAGGAACAUGCAGUACUAUGAGAAGGUCACUGAUCCGCUUGAUCUCAGUACAAUAGAGAAGCAGAUCCUCACUGGACACUACAAAACCGUCGAGGCCUUUGAUGCAGAUAUGCUCAAAGUGUUUCGCAAUGCUGAGAAAUAUUAUGGACGCAAGUCGGCUACAGGCCGCGACGUUUGUCGAUUACGGAAGGCGUACUAUGGUGCACGUCACGAGGCUGCUGUCCAAAUUGAUGAGAUUGUGGGCGAGACAGCCAGUGAGGCGGACAGCUCUGAUUCGCUGGAGAGAGACCACGGUCAACACCAUCAUGAAGGUGGAGGCAGUCACGAUAAAGAUGACGAUGUUAUCCGCUGCAUCUGUGGCAUGUAUAAGGAUGAGGGGCUCAUGAUUCAGUGUGAGAAGUGCAUGGUGUGGCAGCACUGUGAUUGUAUGCGUUUAGAAGCAGAGGUGGAGCAUUAUCUGUGUGAGCUGUGUGACCCUCGACCGGUGGACAGCGAGGUUCCGAUGGUGCCCCAGCCCAGCUACGCCCAAUCAGGAUCCAUCUACUAUAUCUGCCUGCUUCGUGAUGACUUGCUAUUGCAUCAGGGUGACUGUGUGUACCUCAUGAGGGACAGCAGACGCACGCCAGAAGGUCAGCCGGUGCGUCAGUCAUACCGUCUCCUGUCUCAUAUCAACAGAAACAAACUGGACAUCUUCCGAAUCGAGAAACUCUGGAAAAACGAAAAGGGUGAGAGGUUUGCUUUUGGUCAUCACUACUUCCGUCCUCAUGAGACGCAUCACUCGCCUUCCCGCCGUUUCUAUCAUAAUGAGCUGUUCCGAGUGCCUCUCUAUGAGAUCAUACCACUGGAGGCAGUGGUGGGGACCUGCUGUGUAUUGGACCUGUACACUUACUGCAAGGGUCGACCAAAAGGGGUAAAAGAGCAGGAUGUUUACAUAUGUGACUACCGCUUGGAUAAAUCUGCACACCUCUUCUACAAGAUCCACCGCAACCGGUACCCAGUGUGCACCAAACCCUACGCAUUCAACCACUUCCCUAAGAGACUCGCGCCCAAAAGGGACUUCUCACCUCACUAUGUGCCAGACAACUACAAGCGGAAUGGCGGUCGCUCUGCCUGGAAGAGUGAACGGCCCAAAGGUGCAUCGACCUGCGAUGAAGACCCCUCCCCCAGGACGUGUGAUCCGUCCGUCACCUUCUCAAAAGACAGGGAUGAGGAUGGAGGGAGAGUAGUGGAGGGAGACAUGGACACCACCCAGGAGGACUCCAGCAGCACCCCCAUUCCCCAGCUAUCCACAUCACAGGAAAGGAAGACGGGUGGGGAGGAGGAAGAUGUGGAAGAAGAGGAAGAGGGCGAGGAGAGGGGAGAGAGAAGGGAGCUGGACGAGGGCUCUCGGGAGAGGACAGGAGGACAAGACGUGUUGGACGCCCCAUCCUCUUCCUCCCUCUCCUCUUCACCUCUUCAUCCAUCGAUCCUGGGCAAGAGGGAAGCACAGAGAUCGCGACUGAACAAGAUUCUGCUCGACCUGCUGCACCGAGUGCCUAGCAAGAAUGCGGUAGAUGUGACGUACCUUCUCGAGGUAGGCUCUGGUCGCCGCCUUCGCCGACGGACUCUUGGACUGAGCGAAUUUAUUUGUAGGAAGUAAUGCGGACAGGAAUUUCUGCCGAGGACGCUUGCUGAGCAGCAUCAGAAGAGGAUAAAGGAGGAGUAUGGCUGGACAACAUCAAAAAAUAUGGGAGAACGGAAGAGAGCAGCAACACCAAGUGCACAAAGUCUCUCCUGUUCACAUUUAAAUCCAGCAGUCUCGCUUUUUAAAGGAACAACUAGAGAGACCAGCCCUAGCUUUGCACUGAAGACAAGCAGUUUUCCAGCUGCUGAAAAAGUCUUCACCUUGAUGCAUUUAAAAGUAUGGCAAGUGUCAGACAUAGGAAAAUGUACUCCAAGCAGUUCAAAUUGAAGAAAACAAAUUCAAAUCGAACGGUAACAAAUGAACUACGACUGAACUUUUGACCUUCGUCAAUCAAAAGUCUCUUAUGACCGUUGACUAAGGUUGUUGUUUUUUAAAGGAAGCGUGCGGUACUAUAGUCCUUUUGAGGAUCAAAUUAGCUUCGGCUGCAAGCGGAAAAUGGGAGACCAGCGCCCCCUUGUGUCUAUAGUGGGGAAGACUUGAGAACAACAUAGAAAGGAUGAUGAUAAUACGCAAAUAGGAGCGACAAAGAAUGUGUUGUGUAACGCACAUCCACGCUGCCCAGAGACUGAGAAGAGAGCUGAGAAAGAACGUUUGCUAACUGCACUUUUAACAACACGGACAUCAAUCGCUCCCGGAGAUGUACGGAUAAGACACACUAACACUCGCGCAGUAUUGAUCAAUGCUGUACAAUAAAGCAAAACAAAUAAGUAUAUUACCUUCUUUUUAGUUUUUUGUUAUACUUUUAUAACAUUAGGAAUGAAGCACGAUAGGGAGGGAGCUCGGGACUUUGGGAACGGGUUGGAAUGUUUCGCUUAUGUUAUUGUGGGCAUUGUGAUUGGUUAGAGUGGCUGCCAGCCCCGCCCCCCCUUUUUAAUGUAUUUAAUUCACCAGCUCAAAAAAUAUAUAUAUAUCAGUGGAGGCGCGCUGGCUUUAUAUAACGCCUUAGAAUGCCACGAUCUUGACCGCUUUUGUUUAAGGUAGUAUGUGUGUGUGUGUGCGUAUAUGCGUGUGAGCCCAUACUGAUGAUAUAAAUACAAAAAAGGAAAAAACUAAGGGCUUGACAGCAGUUAAUAAACAGUUAAAAUCAUGAUCACAAGAACUUAAUGUAUCAUGUGAUGUCAUAUUUUUUGUGAGUGGCUAGUAAGUGGGUGGGGGGGUUCGAGGUUUUCAUGUUUUGUUUUAAUUUUUACUUUCUUUUUUUUAAUGGCUUUUCAGGUUGCCAUGGAGAAUGUUUAUUAACAAAAUUGUGAUGAGAUUUGCCCUUGAUGCAUCAGCUAUGACAGAUAAGUAUUUUCACCCCUUAGAUGGGUCGACAGAAAAAAAAACUGACAAAGUAAAGAAAGUUGUAUAGUGCCAAGCUAUGUAUAUAUACAGACGGGGAAAUGUGAGAGAUGUCUCCAAAAGCAAUAUCUUGAUUAUGGAUUUUGUGUAUUGUAUUGUACAGGAUUCAGCCCUAUAUGUAAUAUUAUUAUUAUUAUUAUUAUUGUUGUUAUAAUUAUUACUACCAUUCUUAUGAUUAUGCGAUUUGUAUUGACAGAACUGUCACAUGUAACCUUAACGUUUAAUAAUCGCAAACAAAUUUCUUGCGACAAUGGAAACCAUCAGAAAUCAUGUUACCCAAAACACAUGAAUUUAGCACACUGCGAGAGGGGGGUUGUCGACUGGACUUUUUUGAAGGGGGCAUCGCAGUGACCCCAAACCUGGCACCCGUCACUGUAAUGAUUAAUAUUUACAUUAUUAUAAUUAUUAUUUCUUUUGAGGAGAAAAAGAUAUAAUGUUCCUCGUUUUUUGCUGCAAAGUGUUGAACACUAAAAAAACAAACCAACAUGAAAAUGUCAAAUGAUAUUUUGGAAAAUGGCAGAACAAAAGAUGCUGUCGACCCAAUGUUCUUAAUCUCCUUUUUGUUUUGUUUUUUUAAAUGAGGAAAAAUGUUUUGUUUUUGUGACAGUGGUCAUAAAUAUAAUGCUUGUGUUACUUGUAUUUGUGUGUUUUUGAGUGGUUUAGUUAUUUUUAGACAAUCACAAAAUAAGAUGCAAGCAUUGUAUAUGGACAGACUGGCAGGCAUUUUGUGAUGUUGUGUACAGUUUGUUGAAACUUCUUCCACUCUCGUUCAAAGUUUGUAAUUAUAAAGUCAUGAAAAUGCUGUUGGUUUUUACUUUUUUUUGUUUUGUUUUAUAUUCUAUUUGUUUUGUUUGUUAUUUUGUUUUGUUUUUUAAUAAAAAGCACUACAUUAUUUGAAUAUACUUGCCUAUUGCUUAUACAUUUAGCAGAAAAUCUGUGAUGCAGUUCAUUAGUAGGUCAUAACCAUUAUUACUCCAGGUAUGCAGACAAAUCGUAUUUUAAUUGUAUGAACAGUCAAUACAAAUUCAAAUAAAGUGAAUUUGAACUA